AUGCCAUAUGAGAUCAGCUUUAAGCUAUCGGUCCUCGUGUACACACACUGGAACCAGCAGCGCAGCUGUCUUUUCCUCAUGAAUAAAACCAUCAAGGUGAAAAUAAUUGACGACGAGGAGUACGAGAAGAACAAAACCUUCUACAUAGAGAUUGGGGAGCCUCGCCUGGUGGAGAGCAAUGAUACCAAAGGUCAGGAAGAGGGAUUUAACCCUCAUCUAUUUCUGGCACAGUUUUCCCUCAAGUACCCUUCAGCAACAUCCAGAGAGCGGGUGCAAACUUGUGUCCACCCCCGGUCUGUUUGUGCAGAAGAAAAGCAGAAGGAAGAGGUGGAGGAAGAAGAGGCGCUGACAGGGAAAGAUGAAGAAGAGCGGCGCAUCGCAGAAAUGGGCCGCCCCAUGCUGGGAGAUCAUGUCAAACUGGAGGUCAUUAUUGAGGAAUCCUACGAGUUCAAGAACACAGUGGACAAGCUUAUAAAGAAAACCAACCUGGCUCUGUUGGUAGGAACCAACAGCUGGAGAGACCAGUUCAUAGAGGCCAUCACUGUAAGCGCAGGUGAAGAUGAUGACGAUGAGGAGUGCGGGGAGGAGAAGCUGCCGUCGUGUUUUGACUACGUCAUGCACUUUUUAACUGUCUUCUGGAAGGUUCUGUUUGCCUUCGUCCCACCUACUGAUUACUGGAGCGGCUGGGCCUGCUUCGUUGUCUCCAUCUGCAUGAUCGGACUGCUGACCGCAUUCAUUGGUGACCUUGCUUCUCACUUUGGCUGCACAGUGGGCCUGAAAGACUCUGUCACAGCAGUUGUGUUUGUUGCACUGGGAACCUCUGUGCCAGAUACUUUUGCCAGUAAAGUAGCUGCUAUCCAAGAUCAGUAUGCAGACGCAUCCAUUGGUAAUGUGACAGGCUCCAAUGCGGUGGCAUGGUCCAUUGCUGCCAUUUACCACCACAUCAAGGGUCAGGAGUUCAGGGUGGAUCCUGGCACGCUGGCUUUCUCCGUCACACUCUUCACCAUCUUUGCCUUCAUCUGUGUCGGCACUCUGAUGUACCGACGGCGGCCAGAGAUUGGUGGAGAGCUGGGCGGGCCUCGAACUGCGAAGGCCUUGACCACCAUGUUGUUCAUCAGCCUGUGGCUCCUCUACAUUCUUUUCUCCUCACUGGAGGCCUACUGCCACAUCCAGGGCUUUUAA